GAGCCGAAAAGGAAUAGAAAAAUCAGCGAUUGUCUCAGUCCUCGUUGGUUUGGUCCCGGCGAGACCCGUCGGCCGUCGUCUCCCCGCCUCCUCGUCCUCGUCCUCGUCCCUUCCCCCGUCCCCGCACGCAGUCCUCUUCCCCUCCCUAUAAAUACGAGCUCCAUCCUCCUCCUCCGUCCUCCAUUGCUCCGUUUGCAAGCGGCACGAGCUUUCCAGCUACGCCUACUUUUCAUACCACCCCGCGCUUGCUUGAGCAGAGCAGCCACCACUUCCCGUCAGAUUCACGAACACCACAUGGCAAUCCUCGACCUCGACAUGGCCCGGGAUAGCAACAGCACCGCUCCACCCUGUCAUGCUCACACGGCUCCAGCUUCCGAUCAGCAGCAGCGCCGCCUCCGCGAAGCAGAGUGCAACAAGGCCGGCGACGAGGCCGACGACCCCAACCACUGCCACCAGCCAGGCGCAGAGGAGGAGGACGAGGAGGAGGAGCUGCUCCUCAAGGGCGUGCGGCACCUGUGCGAGCGCGGCGGCAUUACGCGGCUGCCGGCCCGCUACGUCCUCCCGCCAUCCGACCGCCCGGCGGCGCCCGAGCCUGACCACCAGCGCGGCAGCCGCCCGGCUGUCCCCGUCGUCGAUCUCGCCCGCCUCCGCGUCCCCGCGGAGCGCGCCGCGGCGCUGGCCGAGCUGGACGCGGCCUGCCGGGACUACGGCUUCUUCCAGGUCGUCGGCCACGGCGCCGGCGGCCGCGGGACGAUGAUGCUGGACGUGGCGCGCCGCUUCUUCGACCUGCCCUUCGGCGAGCGCGCGCGGUACAUGUCCCCCGACAUCCGCGCCGCCGUGCGGUACGGCACCAGCUUCAACCAGCUCAACGACGGCGUCCUCUGCUGGCGGGACUUCCUCAAGCUCGUCUGCGACGACCUCGACGGCGUCGUCCCGUCCUGGCCGGACGCGCCCGCCGACCUCAGGGAGGUGGUGUCGGCGUACGCGCGAUCUAGCCGGCGGCUGUUCAGGGAGCUGAUGGAGGCGGCGCUGGAGGCGCUCGGGAUCAGCGGCCCCGGCGCCGUCGAGGUGCUGGCGGACUGCGACGCCGGGUCGCAGAUGCUGAUGGUGAACUGCUUCCCGGUGUGCCCGGAGCCGGACCUCACGCUGGGGAUGCCGCCGCACUCGGACUACGGCUUCCUCACCAUCCUCCUGCAGGACGAGGUGAACGGCCUCGAGGUCCGGCACGCCGACCAGUGGGUCCUCGUCGACCCGCUCCCUGGCUCACUCGUCGUCAACGUCGGCGACCACUUCGAGAUGUACAGCAACGGGCGUUACAAGAGCGUGCUGCACCGGGUCCGGGUGAACUCGGCGCGGUCGCGCAUCUCGGUGGCGUCACUGCACAGCCUGCCGCCGGUGAGGGUGAUCGGGCCAGCACCGGAGCUGGUGGACGACGAGAAGAACCCCAGGAGGUACAUGGACACGGACUUCGCCACCUUCAUCGACUACCUCAGCUCGGCCGAGGGCAAGCACAAGUCUUUCCUCCAGACCAGGAGGCUCCUCACCAGCUGAUCGACACUGACUCGGCAGGCCCUACAAGCUGGAGCACUCAUCCUAACCGUACGUACUACCACGUCGAUCCCAUCCGUCCGUCCGUGUUGGUCGGCAGCAGGAGGAGAGAAGUCAACAGGCACGGCGCCUAGGCCGGCCAUGUGGACCGGUCAAACCCAUCGCGCGAUUGGUCGAUCCCGGCCCUCUAACCUGCUGCUGUGCUGUCUACCGGUCUACCCUACUAAGCUGAACCGACCGAUUUGAAGCUAGCUAAGCUACUUUAUUUUCAGCUAAAGGGAAAUUAACAAGAUCGAGAAGCUUUAUUUAUCUAUGCCAUGUCAAAGCAAAAGGCACAUGAUCCAUAUAAUGUAUUCGUGCAUGGAGAUCGGUGCUACGUAAUAUUUCCAGCUUCGUCGCCUCAAA